AUGUUUAGACGCGGGGAUAAAAGCCAAGAUGCUGGCAAGAAACAGCAUAGGGUGGAUACUCCCUUAGCAAGGAGCACGUCAAGCGUUUCAAUGGACUCAAAGGAUUUAAGAAGCACAUCCUCAAGGACUCACGGUUCGAAAAGGCUGGGUGACAGUGAUGAUGGUGCAGUCGAUCGCCCAAGGGCACGUUCAAAUCCGAAUGAAAAGGGCAUUACCCGGGGCGCAUGGGCGGAGCCUGAGUCAAUAGCUCCCAGCGGGGAAAAAAGUAUAAAUACGGGGGGCAUCGGUGGCGUCGGCGGUAACUUGGAUACUUCACAUUUGAAUACACAACAGCAGCAGCCUCGUUAUAAGACGAAGGAUUCUAGGAUACGAAAAGGACCAGAAUUGUUUAAGAAAACAUUAAGCAGCUUAUCGCUGAGCUCAGCGGCCAGUGAAGACGAUGCCAUGCCCUCUCCGCAAGAUCAAACUCACUCGCAACAUCACCAGGAUUCACAGCAGCAGCAACAACAACAGCAGCAGCAGCAGCAACCAAUACACACAACAUCUUCCGCUACAUCAGAUGGUAAUGUCAGAACACAUCCACACAGCAGACAUGGAUCACAAAAUGAGGGUGCAAUAGCUCCACCCUCUAGAAAACAUUCGCUUGCUGGAUCUUUCUUUAAAAAGUUAUCUGGUGCUGGUAAUUCUGAUGGCGAAUCUAACGGCAAGGACUCUUCUUCUCCCCAUAACCAUAAACAAGGAUAUUUUCGUAGUGUGCAUCCUCAUGGUGGCUUGCAUACAAGUUUUUACAACAAUAUUGCAUCGGCAGCAGGUGGUAUACGUGAUACAAGGGAUACUGGUUCCAAUACAGGUGCUUCAAGUGGUACUGGUUGUACAAAUGGAAGUAAUGCGGGUCCUGAUGGAAAUACUACUGAAACGGUUCCUAAUAGUUUGAGACGGAAAGUUAGUACAUUGGUACAUGGCUUUGGCCAUGAAAGUGAGCAGCCUUCAUCGCAUUCGGGGAGACGUCCGUUACAUCAUGAUAAAAAUAAGGGUAAUAAGCGCGAGUCAGAUAAUAUAUCUAUGGUGUCUAGUGCAAGGCCCAGGUUAUCAGCAACAAGUAGUCGUAGAAAUAGUGCUACUAGUACUUUUACAAACAACUCUACUGCACCUGUGCAACCUAGGUCACCGUCUCUAAAACGUGAAUCUCCUCCAAAAGAACCUGCAGGUCAUCUUAAUUCUACGUCAUCCGCACCUCCUGCUGCGUCUUCGGGAGCUUCCGGUGCAAGUGGAUCGGGUGCGGGUAGUUUCUUUCCAUUGGAUACGAAUUUGGAAAAUGUUUCGGACAUUACAAAGGCACCAGAAUUAUCAAGAAGACCAUCGGCGGCAUAUGAGGGAUAUCAUAAUCCAAAUGAUAAUAGAGCUUCUAUAUCAGGUGCUCCCUCACAAUCUGUAACACACGUAAAUUCUAAUUCUGAUAUUGCGGCAUUACCGACUUCUAUGACUAUGAAUUCAAACCCAUUAAGUGCAAGACAACAAUGGAUCGCGCCCGAAAGUUGGGACGUAGAUUCAAAUGUCGAUAUUAGAAGGGCAAAGAAACAUAAUAAGUCAGUUUUACUUCAAGAACAACUAGCAUCACAAAGACGUUUAAAGCAGCAGCAUGGACAACAACAACCACAACUGCCAUCGCAACCAGAGGUACAGCAGAACCACCAGCAGCAGCAACAGCAGCAGCAACAACAACAGCAAUUUGGUAAGUUUGGCGAUGCAUACUUUGAAGUCCCCAAUCAGAAUGAGUUUACAUCAGGUAUAUCUAGUACUAAUGAUUCAGAUAAUUCUUCAUUAGUCGAUUUUUCAGACUCAAGUUCAUCUGAUUUAGAUUAUGCAUCAGAUGUGGAAAACUACUUAGAACAAAGUGCAGAUAAAAAAACAGAUGCUGGUGGAGGAUCGCCUCAAUUACCUCCAGAUUUCGAACAACAGUUACAACAACAGAAACAAGAGGUGCAACCACCUCCAUUGAAAUUAAAUUACAACACAGGUCUUAAUUCCUCUGGAGAUGCUCGUCAAUCAUUGGGAGAAGCAUUGAAUCAAAGUCCACAGGAUAUGAAAUAUUAUGAAGGUUUACGUCAACAGGAAAAGAGGCAAGAAGCUGAAGGCGUACAAUGGAACCAAGGAAUGUUGCACGAAAAACAGAUGAAUCAACAACACCAGUUGAAAGAUCAGCCACAAGGACAAUUGCAGCAACAAAAUCAACAACAAGAAUUAGCACCUGGAAAAGGUCCUUUCAAUGAUUUACAAGCCAAUUUGAGACAACCUUCAAACCCCCCUAAAACUUUAUCUAAAGUGUUGGGUGCAGGCACCAGAGAUCAGGAAGUUAUGAAAUUGUCAUCUGAUGAUGAAAAGCAUGACAGAGUGGAAUACGAGUUAGAACGUUAUUACAAGGACUUUAGCGACCUGAAUCCCAAGAGACAUUACGCCAUCCGUAUCUUUAAUACAGAUGAUACCUUUACCACAUUAUCUUGUACUCCCGCUACAACGGUUAGAGAUAUUUUACCGUCUUUGAAAAGAAAAUUUAAUGUCACUUCACAAGGAAGUUUCCAAAUAUCUUUGAAAGUGGGUAAAUUGUGUAAGAUUUUGAGACCUUUGUCUAAACCAAUUAUCAUUGAGCGUAAAUUGUUACUCCUGAAUGGGUACAAGAAAACUGAUCCUUUACACAUCAUGGGUAUUGAAGAUUUGAGUUUUGUAUUCAAAUUCUUAUUUCAUCCGGUGGCUCCAUCUCAUUUGACUCCAGGGCAGGAACAGCGUUUAAUGAGGGGUGAUUUUAUUCAUGUUGAUCUGAGAGGAAUGGAUUUAACUACUCCUCCCAUUAUUUUUUAUCAGCAUACUUCGGAAAUUGAAAGUUUGGAUGUUUCCAAUAAUGCCAAUAUUUUUCUGCCGGUGGAAUUUAUUGAAUCAGCAACAAAACUUUCUAGUUUAAGAAUGGUUAACAUUAGGGCUUCCAAGUUCCCCAUAAACAUCUGUGAUGUAGAUGAAUUGGUUUCCCUGGAACUGCAAAGAAACUUUAUUAGGAGGGUACCUCAUGCCAUUUCCCAACUGGCCAAUUUGACCAUCUUAAAUUUGCAAUGUAAUGAACUGGACAAACUUCCUCGUGGGUUUAGUCAAUUGAAAAAUUUACAGCUGCUGGAUCUAUCUUCUAAUAGGUUUGUUCAUUAUCCAGAGGUUGUAAACGAAUGUUCGAAUUUAUUACAAAUCAAUCUCUCUUACAAUAAGAUCCAUACUUUACCGCCAACGACAAACAAGUUGGUAAAGUUGGCGAAGAUGAACAUAUCUCACAACAAGUUGGCUCUUAUACCAAACCUUUCGGGAAUGAAAAAUUUGAGAACUUUGAAUUCACAACAUAAUAGAGUUGCGCGUAUUAAGACUGGAGCGCCCAAUUUGCAGAAUUUGUCACUGACGGAUAAUAGAAUUUCCACUUUUGAUGAUGUUUUACCUAAAUUGAAAACUCUAGAAUUGCAGGAAAAUCCUAUAACAUCCAUUUCUUACAGUGGAUUUUCCUCCAUGAAUAUGACUAGCUUGUCAUUAAGUAAGGCCAAGCUAUCGAGUCUUCCGGAUGAACUUUUUGUGGAAUUAAGAUGUUUGGAAAAAUUGGAUUUGAGUGAAAACAACUUGACUAAGCUGCCAGAAGGAUUCUGUCAACUAAAUAAAUUGGUCCACCUUUCGGUGGCAAGAAACAAGUUACAAAAGUUACCCAAAGAUUUCCAUAACUUAAAAAAUUUGAAGACUCUGGAUUUGCAUUCUAAUAACAUUAGAGAUUUUGCUACUGGUAUGGAAGAUCUAGAUCUUACUUUUGUGAAUAUUUCAUCAAACAUGUUUGGAAAUUCUUGUUUGAUGGGUCAAUUUUGCCAAAACAUUUCUGCUGAUCGUAGAUUAUCCAAGAGUCUAGAAUUUUUAGUUGCUGCAGAUAACCAGUUCAAUGAUCAGAUGUGGCCUUUUUUCAACUGUUUGACCAAUUUGAAAGUGUUGAAUCUUUCAUAUAACAAUUUCCAGGAUAUCUCUAAUUUGAAAUUAGAAAACUUGUCAGGGCUUUAUUUUUCAGGCAAUAAAUUGGCUACAGUGUCUGGAGAUGUGGUUUUGAAAUGGAAGAACUUAAGGACUUUGAUGUUGAACGGUAAUUAUUUAUUGUCGUUACCUGCAGAAUUGUCUCAAUUGACUGACUUGAGAGUUUUUGAUGUGGGGUCUAAUCAGUUGAAAUACAAUAUUUCUAAUUAUCACUAUGAUUGGAAUUGGAGAGAGAAUAAACAACUGAAAUAUUUGAAUUUUUCAGGUAAUAGGAGAUUUGAGAUUAAAUCCUCGGUGAACCACGAUAUAAAGACCGAUUUUUCAGAUUUGACUGUUUUGCCUAACUUGAAGGUUUUGGGAUUAAUGGAUGUCACUUUGAAUACUACAAAAGUACCGGAUGAAAAUAUUAAUUUCCGUUUAAGGACCAGUGGAUCCAUAAUAAAUGGUAUGCGAUAUGGUGUAGCUGAUACGCUGGGUAAACGAGAAUUCGUCUCAUCGAGAGAUGUCACUUUUGAAAGAUUUGGUGGUAAAGACGAUGAAUGCUUGUUGUGUUUGCAUGAUGGGAAAAAUCAAUAUGCGGAUUAUGGACAUAAUAUUGCCAGACUUGUCAGGGACAUCUAUGACAAGAUCCUAUUAAGGCAGUUAGAGAAAUAUGGGGAUUCUGAUAUGGGUAUCAGGAAGGCUCUACGUUUCAGUUUCCUACAGCUGAAUAAAGAAGUGAACGGGAUGCUAAGUCAUGUAGACGAUGGUAGUGCUAUGGCUAAUUUAAGUUCGGCUGACUUAUUAAGUGGUGCAUGUUCCACAGUGGUUUACAUUAGGGGUAACCAAAUCUAUACGGCCAACAUCGGUGAUUGUAUGGCAAUUUUAUCCAAGACUAAUGGUGAUUUUCAAAAAUUGACUUGUUUACACGUUCCUUAUAAGAGGGAAGAGUAUGAAAGGAUCCGUAUAUCAGGUGGUUAUGUCAAUGAUUAUAAGCUCGAUGGUGUUGUAGAUGUUUCUAGGGCAGUCGGGUUCUUCGACCUUCUGCCACAUAUCCAUGCUUCUCCUGAUAUUUCUAUGGUGCAACUUACGAAAGCCGAUGAGAUGUUGGUUAUUGCUACUCAUAAAUUGUGGCAAUACAUGGAUUUUGAAACUGCAUGUGAUAUUGCUAGAGAAAACAGUUCACAGCCUAUGUUAGCCGCUGAGGCCAUGAAGGACCAUGCCAUCGCUUAUGGUUGUUCGGACAAUUUGACCAUCAUGUGUCUAUCGCUACACAAGGACGAUGAACAACAGAAUAGGUUCACCUUGAAUAGGAACUCGUUGAUCACCAGGAGAAGUACUUUUGAAGAUGCCACCUUGAGAAGAUUGCAACCAGAAAUUUCACCACCAACAGGAAACCUGGCCAUCGUUUUUACAGAUAUCAAGAGCUCAACUUUCUUAUGGGAAAUGUUCCCUAACGCCAUGCGGACUGCUAUUAAAACACAUAAUGAUAUCAUGCGUCGUCUGUUGCGUAUCUAUGGUGGUUAUGAAGUAAAGACUGAAGGUGAUGCCUUCAUGGUGGCUUUCCCUACGCCGAUAAGUGCUCUCGUAUGGUGUAUGAGCGUCCAGUUGAAAUUUGUAGAGGCACAAUGGCCUGAAGAAAUUACAUCAAUCCAAGAUGGAUGUCUUGUCAUCGAUAAAUUGGGUAAUAAGAUAUAUCAAGGUUUAUCCGUUCGUAUGGGUGUUCAUUGGGGUUGCCCAGUACCUGAACUGGAUUUAGUUACUCAAAGAAUGGAUUAUCUGGGACCUAUGGUAAAUAAGGCUGCUAGAGUCGAAGGUGUAGCAGAUGGUGGUCAGAUUACUUUGAGUAGUGAUUUCUUAUCAGAAUUUAAUAAGAUCAUGAACUUUCAUGAAACUGUGGUAAAGGAUAAAUGUCCAUUGAAGGAAGUUUAUGGAGAAGAGUUUGUAGGAGAAGUUUUAGAAAAGGAAAUAUCCAUGCUAGAGAGCAUAGGAUGGGAAUUUUUCGAUCAUGGUGAGCAAAAAUUAAAAGGAUUGGAAACUAAAGAAUUAAUUACCAUUGCAUAUCCUAAAUCGUUAGUUUCUAGGCAUAAUUUCAUUACUAAGGAUGAAGAGGCAAGAUUAUUAAAUGAAGAAUUUAUUUCCCGCCUGAGAUCAGUUUCCAGAAGGGUGGAAUCGGUCUUAUCCGCGGUCAGUAAAGGUUCUGUUGAUGAGCAUCGGAAACCUGGUAGACUUUCAUCAAUUGAUGAGAAUGUGAAAAGCAGUGUUAGGUUUUUGAAUUCCGAAAAAGAUGCUACAGCUUUUUUUGAUGAUUUAAUCACUAGAUUAGAAUCUUAUAUCGCUCUUUUGAAAUUACACCAGGUCGUGCAUAAAGGGUUGAGAGUUAAUGAUCAAAGUGCCCAAGAAUUGGGAACAAAUAUAUUUGACUUGUUAGACGCUGUAUUGGAGAAAAUUCAGUAA